UAACUUCACGCAUCUCGGGAGGGCCUCGGCUGUAAAUGGGAAGCGUUGUAGGUCUGCUGGGUGUGCAUGUGUAGGCGAAGGAUCCCACAAAUAAGUUGCGCUUUAGUUGGCCGGCGAGGUCUCCUCCGCUCAUCAAUAGACCAGCUCGCAUUAGACUGACGGCAGCGAGCGAGAGGUGUGGCUCGCUUUUGACACCCCGCAACGCUUUCCCCUAGUUUUCUUAUAACGCAUGCACACUUUCCAUCCAAAAAGACAACAGCCAGAAAUCGAAGCUGAGAUACUUCCGUCAAGAAGCUCACUCACACCUCAGCCCUGGCAAACUGAAGGAUAGACCCCCCCCUAAGGCAUCCCUCGAUCCCUCCCUUCGAUCCCUCUAUUGGAGGGGAAAGUGCGGUGGGGGAGAGCGAGCGAGCGAGAGAAAGAGAAAGAGAGAGACAGAGAUUUGUCAUUUUCAUUCAUCAGUAGUUUCCAAUCAUGGUCGUGGCUCUGCCGUCUCCUUUUGCCGACAGGGCAAUCUUAAUACCCGAUAGCUGACUGCGGACUGACACUUCCAGGAAGGAGCCCGGUCUUUUGCACCGGCCAGGCGGGGGAAAGACCCCCCCCCCCAAGACCAUUCCCGCCAGCCGCCGCUCGGCAGCCUUACCCAAUCUUCGGCUGCUACCUGCCUUCCCUCCGGAGCCACGAAGCUUCUUCUGAGGGCUCGUCCCGUCGCCCGGCGAUUCGGAUGCUCUAAACCAAGACUCUGGGGCCUGUAUAUGGAAAUAGUGGGGUGCCGAGCCGAAGGAAACGCGUGUCCCUUCCGUUCCCCAGCCAUGCUUUUCCACGGCAUCUCCGGAGGCCACAUCCAGGGCAUCAUGGAGGAGAUGGAGAGGCGGACCAAGACCGAAUCCCGCCUGGCUAAAGCGGGACAGAUGAAUGGCCGGGAAACGAACAUGCCUCCGCUGAGCCCCGAGAAGCCUGCCCUGUGCGCAGGAUGCGGGGGCAAAAUCUCCGACCGCUACUACUUGUUGGCUGUGGACAAGCAGUGGCACCUCCGCUGCCUGAAGUGCUGUGAAUGUAAACUGGCUUUGGAGUCAGAACUCACCUGCUUUGCCAAGGACGGCAGCAUUUACUGCAAGGAGGAUUAUUACAGAAGGUUCUCCGUGCAGCGCUGUGCCCGCUGCCACCUGGGCAUCUCUGCUUCGGAGAUGGUGAUGCGGGCCCGGGACUCGGUCUAUCACCUCAGCUGCUUCACCUGCACCACAUGCAACAAGACGUUGACGACAGGUGACCAUUUUGGCAUGAAGGACAACGUGGUCUAUUGCCGGGCACACUUUGAGAGCCUGCUCCAGGGCACCGACCCAGCCUCCUACCCACCGGCGUCACUCAGCUACACUGAGCUGGCAGCCAAGGGUGGUGGCCUGGCCCUGCCUUACUUCAAUGGCACCGGUACAGUCCAGAAAGGGCGGCCUAGGAAAAGGAAGAGCCCAGCUCUGGGCGUUGAUCUGGUCAGCUACAGUUCAGGUUGUAACGAAAAUGAGGCAGACCAUCUGGACAGAGACCAGCAGCCUUAUCCCCCAUCUCAGAAGACUAAGCGCAUGCGCACUUCUUUUAAACAUCACCAGCUCCGUACCAUGAAAUCCUACUUUGCCAUUAAUCACAAUCCAGAUGCUAAGGACCUCAAGCAGCUUGCCCAGAAAACUGGACUAACUAAGAGAGUUCUGCAGGUUUGGUUCCAAAACGCAAGAGCCAAAUUCAGAAGGAAUCUUUUGCGACAGGAGAAUGGGGGUGUUGAUAAAGCUGAUGGCACGUCACUUCCUGCACCGCCCUCAGCAGACAGCGGCGCUCUCACUCCACCCGGCACUGCGACCACUUUAACAGACCUGACCAAUCCCACUAUCACUGUAGUAUCAUCAGUGACCUCUAACAUGGACAGCCACGAUUCCGCGAGCCCCUCACAAACUACCUUAACAAACAUUUUCUAACAUUUGAUUUCAAAAUUCUUAUUCGUUACUUCUGCUUCCUCUUCUUCUUUCUCCAUUAUAUGAUUAUAAUUACUAUUAAUAUUAUUUGCAACAUUUUUUUAAAAAAAUAAACAACACCACAAUAUAUUUGGGAAAACCAUCUUGGUGUGUAGCACCCACAACCACUUGGCAAAUGAGUUUGCAGUAAUAGAAUUCUAUUAUAAUGCAACAUGAACUUGUCUAUAAAUUGUUGUUGAAUUUUCUUUUAAUCAUUGCCUAAUUAAAGGGAAGGUUUAAGUGCCUCUUAAAAUUGUAUGUUCCUUAUUUCCAGAAUUUGCUGGGGGCAAAAUGGUUGAUAUAUUAAUCAUAAAGCUGUAUUUCCAACUAAAUAGAUCAGUGUUUGUUUUCUUCAAAUGAUUGGCAUCUGAAUCAUAAAAAACAUAAACAAUUGAAAGGAAAUCCCACUGAGCAAGGCUGACCAAGCUCUUUUGGUCUAAGUCAGGUGAUCUGUGUGACUUGCUUUCUUUAUUCUAUGAUGGUUCCCUGCAAUUUGGAAGCUGUCUUUAUGAUAUGUUUGCCAUGUACAAAACCUACUCAAUUUGCAUUCUACCGUGUUAUGAUGUGACUUGGUUUGGCAUGCCAAACUGGCGAUGGUUGCUUUUGGCAUCAAAUUAUAUGACUGACCUGCCACUUACAAGGAACCAGCAUAGCCUGAAGAAAAAAGCUGUAAAGCACAAAAUUCAAAUAAUAUACACAUUGGGAUGUAUAGAAGGAACCAACUGAGUAGGAAAAGCCUAAAGAAUCAAACUAUCAUGCUCUGAGGUCAGUUCUUAUAAUGUUAUUGCACAUCAGUUACAGAUGUGUGUUAAGACAGUUGUUUGUAUUCAUCCUGAGACAUGGCACAUGACGUGUCCUGCAGAGGAGUCUCGCUCAUAUACAGGUCACCUAAUUAAAUCACAUAUGGGUUGAGUAUUAACAUAAUUAUGUCAGAGAUACUUGUGGUUUGCUUGCCCAGAUGUCUGUGCCUGUUUCCUCAGUUAAUUUUUAGAUGCCAACAUGCUCUGACCAUUUUUAAUCAAUGCCAGUAUCUCAUACUGAAAGGCUGCCCAGGAAUUAUUUGCAUUUCAAAUUUUUAAUCCUCAAUUUGUCAUUCAGAUACUUACAUUUUGUACUUUCUUUCAUUUUCUAUGCAUACAAAAAAGUUGUAAAAGUUUUGCUUGGGACUGAGGUUUGCACAGUUUUUAUUAGGCUUAAUAAGAGAGGGAGUAGUGUGCCCUGGAAAUAAUGGGCUCCAGCCCCCCCCCCAAAACAUGUGAAUUCUUCAUUUAUUAAUUGGCUUCUGUAUGAUGCUUUAUGCUAUAAUGUUUAGAAGCCUCUUCAGAUAUAUAAAAACUGAUAGUCUAAAUGUGAAAAUCUAUUUUCUGUAUUUUUCUGCCCAUUUUCUGCCCAUCAACCUUUAAAACAAAAGGAAAUUUAUUUCUGAAAAUGUAUUAUAUAUAAGACCUUGAAUGAGCAAGGAAUUAACAGAUUUCAUGUAUCAUGCUAAACCAUUGUUUAGUGAAUAAACCUUAACUUACUGGAUUUAAGUUAGUUAAGUCACAAAUUCUUAAUUUACAAACUAUCGUAUCACAUAUCACAUUAAGACCAAAUUAAACAAUAUGGCUUAAUGUAAUAUAUGAACCCUACCACUUAUUCCAUGUUUCAGCUAUAUUAUUUUUCAGGAUUUGUAAUACCGCAGCUAUGUCUACGUACAUAUAAUGAAUAACAUUUAGACUACAUUAACUUUUCGGCUAACUUAGGCCAUUUAUGAAUGUCAAUUGUUAACUUUCUGUCCUGCAGGCUAGUAAAUACUGCUGGAAAAUAGAACAGCCUCAGACAAUAUGAAUGUUGGUUGUGUUAUCUAACACAAACUUUUUUCUAAAAUACAUUGAUCUUAGAAACAUUUGCCUGGGGCUAAUCCCUAUUCAAUUGUACAAACAAAUAUAGUUUCAAGCUUCAUCAGGUUUGCAGUGGGACUGAUAGCAAAACACUAACAUACCCAAAGAUUAAAUUAAAUAACAAUCCUGUUGAUUUAAAGGGAAGAACUAAAUGUCUACUCAAUGUUGUCCCAUGGAAAUAAAAAGGAUUUCAAAGUACAUAAAUUUUGCUAGAUAUUAUCAGUAGUUUGAGGCUAAAGAUUUUUCCCUAUUAAAAUGGUAAUGCUUUUUAUGCUGUAUAUUAAUUAUAUCUAAACAAGAGGGUUUAUUCUGAGCCUAAUGGCUUGGGGAUUACAGCCGUUAUAGUAUCUGUCUUGGAUAGUGUUUUUUCCUUAAUAAGUGUAAAAUCCAGCAUGUGAAUAUUAAACACUUUUACAUUUCAAUAGGACAAGGUGGAGUACUAUAAGUAUAGAAAAAGAAUCAUAAUCUUUACAAAAUUACUAACCUUCAUCUUUAAAAACAUGAAUUUCCAUUAUUAAAGUAACUGUUCAGAUUUUCAAUCAUUUUCAGAAGAAGAUGGAAAUAGGCAAAAUAUAAUUUCUUAAAAUGUUUGAACAAUUACUUAAAGAUAUUUAUUCUUGGAUGUUUUGAACAUACUUGCAUUUUUUCUAACAUAGGUAAAUGCUGGCCAUUUUAAUGUAUUAACUUCAAAAGACAAGUUCAGCAAAUAUGUGAAUACAGUAAUACUGUGCUACUGUCAUAUUGUAAGUCUGCCUGUUUUAACUCACUGGGAGCUUAUUUCCAAGUAAAUAUAUAUAUGUAUAUAUAUAUAUAUAUAUAUAUAUAUGUACUAUACAGAUAUAUAUACAUAUAUAUAUAUGUAUAGUACUGCGCUAGAGUACUAGGUAGACCUACUGCUCUAGCAGACUUACAGCCACAUUUGGUGAUUCUAGCAUAAUUCAAUGGGAUUUAAAAAUGUAGCCUUAAUGUGAUUGAAAAUCAGUCCCAUUGGAACCAAUGGAAUUAAUUUUUGAUUAGACAUUAUUUGGAUUGCCCUGUAUACGAGUUUAAUUCCGUGUUGGAUGAUGAUCACUCCCCCUGUCCCCAUUUUUUCAUUAAAAAGGCAAGCAAAAGGUCUCUUCUAAUAUGAGAAAACACUUUACAUUAAAACAAAAUCUUUUGAAAACUGAAAUUCUCGGAAGCUGCCAAACUCAGAAGCCUUGUGGAUGUAUUGCUGAUUGGAAACACCUUUCCUAGUUUACAUUUGCAAGUGGUUCAUUUUUUUUUUUAAUUUAAGCUAAAGUCUGAAUGGUCUGGGCAGUGGUGAAUGUUCAUUUGUAUCCUUUCUUCUGAUAAAACAUUAAACGGGAGGAGUCUUUCCAAAAACUAUCAAAAUCAUGUUUUGGAUAGAUUGUUAAGAAUAACUUUUGCACAAUAUUUUAUAUUUUAUCCAUCUUUUCUUUGUUCUCUUCCCCUUUCCUUUCCAUCAUACCCUUCUCAUUUUAUUUAAAAUCCUUUUUUUAAUUGAUUAUUUGAAAGUGGGGGGGGGUUGAUCUCCAAUAAUGAGUGGAUACAUAGUGACAGUUCACUGCCCAUAUUAAAGUGCAUUAUUCUAACUUUUGCUCAGGGUUUUUAGAAAAUUAGCACAGAAAAGUAGCUUAUUUUUUAAAGAAAAAACAAUGGAAGAGAUGUUAACACUGUAAUGGAGAAAAUGUGUCUUUGUUGUUAUAUAUUUAGCCAGUGUGGUCAUGAUCUUCUAGAAGGCUUAAGGCUCCUGACCUAAAGCACAUUUAGAAGGAAGGAAGUUCAAUUGACAUGAGUGGAAUUUACUUCCAAGUUGAUAUAGUUAGGAUUGAGGUGCCAAUCUUGGACUUUUCCUGUUUCUAUUACUUUAUGGGCAUUUACCACUAACCAGACCAAACAACCUUGGAAAGGCUGAGAUCUUUAUUAAUACACUUUUACAGGUACAAAAAUUGAUACAUAUAAAUUUUGUUCUUUGACAGGACAACUAUAUGGUACUAUAGAUCUACUUUAUUAAGUAGACUUCUUAUAACUCAGUUCUACAAUGUGCCUUAUGCUAUAACUUGGGAGUAAGCUUGUGGAAAAAAAAAUCAGGAUAUAUAUGUGUUGUUUGUUAAAUUAACUGUUUUAAACCCUUUUGACACCUCACUAGUUUUGUACUGUUUUACCUCUUAUUUCUGAAACUCUUUUUAUGGUGUAACCUGGUAGAGGGGACAAACAUGUCAUAGAAAGCAGUUGUGCACUCUUUCGGAUAUAGUUGAUAAAUUCAAUAAUCUUAUAUAUUGAGCUUCGUGUUUAUAGUACAGUUAAGUGGUCUAGCAAAGUUGUCCAUGUUUUCUUUGUUUUAUUGAAAAAUGCAUUGUAUAGAAACUAUUUCCCCUAAAUAUUUA